AUGCGCAGACCGUCUUCUGGGACCCGUACGCAUGACAGCGGUAACUGGCCGGACGCUGCCGCGACCCACCCCAUACCCCACGGCAUCCACCCGGGGUCUCCAUCAGGCUCGAGGAAGGUCUUUCGGGAUGAACAAGGCUACUACAAACCUACAGCUGGGACAGCUGCGCGGGACAAAAUUAGAGAGGUCCUCAAGAACUUGAUCUGGCACUUCGUGGCAAAGAACUGUUGGACGAGAUCCCUCACUACGCUCAAGCACGAAACAAGGGUACGACUGGCAGCGCCAUCAUAUGUGAUCUAUGAGCACGCAGAUUUGGCCGGUUUUCGGAAAUUUGCUGUUGACUUCGGACUUGAGGAAGCCGGCUCUUCUCCAGACAAGAGCACGAUCUACUAUCGUGGCUACGGAGCUGAUCCAUUCGUCUAUGUUGCACGGCAAGCACCUGACAACCAACCAAAAAGUUUCGUUGGAGCAGGGUUCCUCGCGCUGAGCUCAGAUGACUUCGAAAGGGCGUUGCAUAAAGAUGGGGCAGAAGUUGUGGAUGCUUUGAAUUUUCCUGGUGGAGGACGCUGUGUACGCUUUCGUGACCCGAACGGCAAUGUUCUCGAAGUCAUCUCAAACCAAACUCGCCGAGAUAUCCCAGAAUGUGGUCUGUCGAAUCUGGUUGGGCGGCCCGCUAUGAAUGGAGCCCUUGACAAGCAAAGGCAAGGUGAAUUUACAAGAAUGCAGCCUGGGCCAGCGAAGGUACACAAGCUUGGCCACUUCGGGUACAACACGAAUAACUACGAGGCGACAUUAGCCUGGUACCAAGACAACUUCAACUUCACGCCAACAGAUAUUCUUUAUGCACCAGGCAAACAAGACCUCGAGGUGGCUAUAUUCAUGCGAGUGGACAACGGCAAGACAUACGUAGAUCACCACUGUCUUCUGUUAGCUCGAGUUGAGAAAGAGACUCAGGUUCAUCACUCCUCAUUCGAAGUCGAAGACAUUGAUACUCAAUUCAUGGGACAUCAGUGGCUGGAGGAUAAAGGUCAUGAGCUGGUUUGGGGUAUUGGGCGGCAUGUACACGGCUCACAGGUUUUCGACUACUGGUAUGACUCAAGUCGUUUCGUAGUCGAGCACUACGCAGAUGGGGAUGUAGUCAACGAAGAAGCGCAGACCCUCAGAGCUGAGGCUGGGAAUAUGGCUGUUUGGGGGCCACCCGUCCCGGAAAUCUGGCAUGCGAAGAAGCAAGAACACGAGGUCGCUAGCAGAGUCGCUGCUGUCAGUGGCUAG